CCUGAUCCCAGCAUGCACCGCGGGGUAGGCCCGGCCUUUCAGUUGAACAGGAAGAUGGCGGCCUCUGGCGGAGAGCCGCAGAUCCUGGUACAGUACUUGGUGUUACGAAAGGAUCUAUCACAGGCUCCGUUCUCCUGGCCAGCGGGCGCAGUGGUCGCACAGGCCUGUCACGCAGCCACCGCGGCCUUGCACCUUCACCGCGACCACCCGCACACAGCCGCUUACCUCCGGGAGCUAGAGCGCAUGCGCAAGGUGGUCCUUGAGGCCCCGGAUGAGACCACCUUAAAGUUGCUGGCAGAGACGCUGCAACAGAAGAACAUUGACCACAAACUGUGGAUGGAGCAGCCAGAGAACAUCCCCACUUGCAUCGCACUCCGUCCCUACCCCAAGGAAGAAGUGAGCCAGUAUUUGAAGAAAUUCCGAUUGUUCAAAUGACUGACAUUAUCCAUUGCUUUGUAUGUUUGAGUAUCAGCUGUGUCCAGAAACUGCAUGCCGUCCAUCCCUAAGCACCGUGUACUCCUUUCAAUGACAAUUCCCUCUACCUUUUAAAUUAUGGUAGUUUUUUUUUUCUUGGCCAUGCCGCAUGGCUUGUGGGAUCUUAGUUACCCAACCAGGGAUUGAACCUACACUCUUGACAGUGCAGAAUUCUAACCACUGGACUGCCAGGGAAUCCCUAAAUUAUGACAGUUUCUUGAAGGUCAAACACAUGUUCAUAUUAAAGUUGUCAUUAAUAAGUAUUUCCUCUUACUUUUAAUUAAUAAGUUCAGAUGGGGAAGGUAGGUGAGUAGCAUUAUCAUCUAUGGGUCUUUGCUCAAAUAGAAGAUUUGGUUAGACUUCUGUAUAGGGUCAAGGAAAUGCCCUUACUUUUUUGUUAGAAUUAAUAUAGUUCUUUCAAUCACCCAGGUUUAAAACUUAGCCUUUAAAGUCCUUGUCUCUUAUUCAUUUUCAGGUCUCAUAAUCGUUGAAUCUAGGACACCAUCAGAUUUAAGAUACACAGUGAUUUUUACCUGUUGUUAAGAAAGGAGAAAUGCUCCAGUUGAGACAUACAAUUAACUGAAAGAUAUAUUCCAACUUCAAAGAUAUAAAAUUUAUUCCAAGUACCACAUCUAUUUUCGUAUAGCUUCCAGUGCCACGGCCCUGAGUCGGGCUCUCAUUUUCCUUGUGGGUGUCCCACUGGUCUGCUCACCUACUGUAUCCUGGUUACAAGGUAGCAGAUGUUCUGCCACCAGGUUUAUGUAGGAUCACUGAGCACCCUCGUCAGUAUAGGGUCCUACUUGCCCAUGGAAUAAAGUCAGGAUUCCUUAGCUCAGCCCUCAGGCCCUCCGUGGUUAUAUUUCCUAACUAACUUUUUAGGUGACUCUUCAAUUCCCUUAUUCAAACUUGAUGUAUCAAUAAAGACACUCCAGUUGCUGCC